CUCAAGAUGCAACUUACGGAAAUCUUUGACUAGUACUAACUAGAAGGCUUCUUUAAGAGCAAGCAUCUCUUGUCAAUCGUAUAGGGGUCUCCCUAAAGUAAGAGAAGGGAUUAGCCGCCUCGAAACCUCCUUUCGGGGGAGGCUUUCUAAAUUCCUAUUAUACCUAUUUCAUGGCCUGCUUCAUAUCUUGCUGUCCUUGCUUUCUGGCGGAAGGCGAGGAGCUUACGAUGUCUUACGUAAGAAGGGGCUUAACCAGAGGCAAAGAAAGGUCAAAUACGCCAACUCAUUUAGUAUAGUAAACCUCAACAUACGACGAGGUUAGUUUACUAAAGGAAGGUGACGUACUCCUUAAUCGUAGAGCUAACAAAGGACCCUGCCUAUAGCUUGUGGCUUUGUUAGCUGGCUUAAUAGCUUGCUUGGUCUGAUUGUCCAUCUUGCUUUGAUGGUCCCGCUGCCCUUACCUACUCCAAUCCAAUCGUGAAACGAAAAGAGUAGCUCUCGUUCCCUAUUCGUCUUGGUCCUUGUGAAAGGCACGAAGUAGCUUGAACAAAGUGAGAGGAACAGUCAAUGGGAAAGAAUCCAUGUUUUAGUCUUAUUACCGAGUGUGAGCUGCUUUCUGUGGAAGGUCCGAUUACAGGAAGGUAGUUUACUUACUUACUCUUUAGAGAAAGGAGCUGCUUUGAUAUGAAAAUAAGAAUUCUCUGUACUCUCUGUUCUAUCUUUUUUCAAUAGUUAGAAAGGAUCUUAGGCUACCGGUGACCGACUUCGCGAGACCCUUUCGGUCUACACAUGGCUAAGCUCUAUUGGGCGGUGGCUUAUCGAAGCAAAUCCCACACAAAAAAAAAGAUGAUCAGAGCAAUAAACAAAAAGAGAUCUUCGCUAACAGCUCUCUUCUCUUAUGAUAUUUAUAGUUUUUGAAAAGAGUGUAGAACUCUUAUUCUUUAGAGUAUGGUAGUUUACUUGCUUAUUUAAAAAGACAACUAUGAUACCCGAUAUUAGAGCACGACAAGUAGUACUUGGUACUACGAUCAUUGGGGGAACAAUACCGAAGUAUGAGGAUGCUUUAGAAUCGUUUCGGUUGCUCGUUCGAGAACUACGAUCUUUUCGCUCUGGAACUAAAGAAGGAGAUGAGAGGGUUGGUCGGGAAAGAGUGGUGGGGGGGGGGGGGGUGGAUUUCGCGGCCGAGGAAAUGCUUGAAUAAUUGAAUUUGUUAAAUAGAGAGUGGUGGGGUGGCAAUUGUGCAACAGAGAAAGAGAGGGAAGGGUAGAAGCGGCGCUUAAUAUUAGGAUGGGUAGGGUUUUUUUUACCUGUAGGAGGUAUGGUUUAUUUAAUUUUUAUAUAAUUGUAAUUUAUAAAAUUACUAAGUGGUACCUAUAAAUUAAAUAUCAUUUUAGUCAUAAAAUUAUUAAAUUACUAACUUUUGAGUGUUUUACUUGUGAUAUUAUUGUUUAUAAGGUACUGGUUUUCUAACGGGGUUUUAACGGCACAAUAUCGGUUGGACCACUAAAAUGCGAACCAUUCGCGUUACCGACUCAUGCUCCGGUUCGGUUCUGACAACAUUGAGAAUAUCAAUAGAGGAAUUAAACGGUUUGGCUGACAUGAAAUCUAAAAACUGAUAUAUUAGAAUAUAACAUAAUAGAUGCAUUAAAAAAAUUUCAAAUUAAUAUAAAUUGUAAAAUUCUAAGGAAGCAUGGGUAAUUGGUGAAAAUCAAAAUUAUCCAAGGGACAAUAAAGACCAUAAAAAAUUAUGGAUCCCAUCAAUUUGGCUGUGGCUCGGUUGAAACUUCUUUUUAUUAAUAGUUAGAACUAGCGUGCGUCCCGACCAGUUGGUCGGACGAAGAUAGUCUAUGAAAUUUGAUAAUGUAACGGGGUGUAUAGCUUAUUGUUGUAUAGUUUUUUUGGAAAACACGUGAUAAAAAUAGUGAAUUUUAGUAGGAAAGAGACAUGAAUGAUGCAACGAAUCAAAAAUCAGUCUUAUGAACCAAAAUCAAGUACAUGUUACCUUGUGAAACAAUAUUGUUUCUGGUAAUAUGAUGAGGUGGAGUAAGUUUUAUAGAAAUCGAAUUCCAGAAAAUCGAAUAAAAAAUCGCCCAUCCUGCUGGUUUUCGGGAAAUGAGCAUCCCAUAAUCGUUGCUAGCUUUUACUCGGCCCGUUGGCCAAUUAAUUUGCUUUAUAAAGAUUUCAUCUUGUCGACAUUGUGCUUUUUGGUUUUUGCCAGACCAUGAUAAAAUCUAAAGAAAUCAAGAAUGAACAACACGAUUUGGGAUAGGAACCGUCGUUCCUGUAUCCCUAGAAAAUAGUGGUAAACAUAGACUCACCUGCCAAACUGGUUUGGAUUGAGAUUUUUAUCGGGUAUCAGGGAACCAUGUGAUUAUAAAUUAGACUUGAUCAAAACGGGCCAAAACUUGAAAUUCAGUCUGUUUGACCAACCCAUGCCAAACUCUAAUUCUUCUUUACUUUUAAACUUUAUAUUUGAAAGUAAAAAAUAGUGAAAGAAAAGAGAUGACUGCAAUUCGCCAUUUGCACAUCACUGAUUCGGGAAUAAAACUAUAGAAAUUCGAAAGGAAACUAAAAAUAUUUAGGAUCGUUUUAUUGUUAAAAAUAACCAAAUAGAUCUUUCUGUUUAGUUUUUUAUUAACAAAUACCAAACGAUUCCCUAUAAAAUACACUGUAAUUUAAUCAUUAUGAUAUCAGAUAAUUACAUAAUAUAUAUUUGAAAUGAUAAAAAUUGGACUAAUUAGGUUGGUCGAGGUUGAACCAUCGAAUAACUUUAAAAUACAUUAUAUUUUAGCCACUAAGAUAUAAAAUAAUAGCAUAAUAUAUAUUAUGCUAGAGAAAAUAGCUUAUUUUAGAAAGACAAACCCAUGAUGUUCACUUGUUUUAAUUGAUGGGCAAAUCUCGUGUAGGUCAGGUCCAUUGAACUCUUUUAUUUUAUGGCUAGCGGUUAGCCCAUUAGAAUCUAUGCAUUAGUUUAUUGUUAAUUUUUUUUCUUUUUAGCAAUAAAAAUGAGUAUUGUUUUUGCCUUUUCAUAUAUAUUUUACCACCACGGAGAAAUAAAAGGGCUUAAAGAAAAAAAUUGACACUCCUGGACCUGUUUAAAUCCGCAUGUGUAGGGUAAGUUGGCUCAUUCCACAGAGGAAAAAGAAAAAAAAUAACACUCCCUAUUCUACCCUUCCUACAAACGCUCAUGGAGAAGAGAAUUUGAAAUGGGGGAAGAGUUUUUUCCUCUCUGCUAUUAUAUGUUUUUAAUUUAAAAAGAUACAACAAAUGUAGUUAGUGGUUAUGAUCUCCUUCCAAAAGGUUUAGAUUGAUACCGUUACAAAAAAAGGGGCCCCAUGAGAGGAGCUCUCUCCUCUCUCUUAUUCCUGUGCUCGCUGGUCGGGCAUUGGAUUUCUAGGGCCGCCGUCGAGGUAUUCAAAUCAAGUUGGCGCAACCAAAUCAACGAGGAUGGCUUCACUGAACCGAUUCAGGAGACUACCCAGGUUAGGAGAGGGUCUGGUAGCUGUGUCGGCCUCCUUGCCGUUGGGGAACCAAGAUCGAAAAGAGUGUCUCGGAGAAGGGUAUGGCGCAGAGAACGGCGGAGAUGCUUGACGAAACGGCCGCGGUGGUCAACCUUCGAGGAAACUGAGAUUCUAGAGGAGCGCCCUCCGAAAAGACUACGGCAGAAACCAAAGGAGAUAUGGCGAUUCUGGCUUCCGAGCUCGUCAGACUUGGAUGGAAAAUCCCCUGCUCUAGCCCUGUUCGCGGGGAAGAAGUUGCAGAAAACAGAGGCUUGGUGUGAACGCCGAGAUCCGCUGGUGCAAGUGUUUGAAUCUAAUCCCAUCGGGAAACUUCUAUCCCUGUUCGCGGGGCGUAAUUUGCAGGCAACAGAGGUCGGGUUUGAGCGCCCUGUUCCUCUGAAUCAACCUGCUCAAUCAGCUCCAUUCGGGGAGGAAAUUUCCCUUGUGAAAUCAAAAGGGGGAAAUCCGGCAUUUUGUUGCAACCCUUCGGGGGAAGUGAUUCCCGACGUUUCGCCGGGGACGAUGAUGACGGUGAGUGAAGAGAGCCCACCCAUACCCAAUGGCGCCGGGAUAAUGAGAGACGGCGGAGUGGGAAUCGCCGACCUCCAGUGCCGACUGAUUUGGCCGCAGAAAAUCAGGGAUUUUCCAAGUAAGUUUGCUCCAGAAAUCCCUGUGUUUUUGAGCGAGAUUCUAGGGAAACAGAGCCGUGUAAACUUUCGAAAUUGUGCCCCGCGUCGGAAGUUUCCGAUUCCAAUUCCAACUCUAAUUGAGAAAAGCCGUUUCAUUCUUGGAAAUGCUAGGGCUCGGCCCUAUAAAUCUUCUCCACUGCUCUCGAAUAAGUCAGUGUGCAGUGAGCGAAGUUAGAGCUUUCAGCAGAGAAGAAUCCGAUUCAUCCUCCCGGUAAACAAACUUCGGCCUCUGAU